UAUUAGACUAGACUUAAAAAUGUUAAAGUUUCUUUUUGUUUUGUUAGUGUCAGUAAUGGCGUUAACCUAUUGCUCAUCAACAGUUAUUGAUGAGACCAAUCCUAUAGUGACGGUAAAAGAUGGAGCUCUGAAAGGGUCUACAAAUAACUUGCUCGAUGGUGGAAAAUAUUUCAGUUUUAAAGGAAUACCUUAUGCAGAGCCACCAAUAGGAGACUUAAGAUUUCGGGAUCCCCGUCCUGCUAAACCAUGGAAUGGUGUACACGAUGCAACGAAACAUGGCUCAGUUUGCACUCAGUUAGAUAUAGAAACAGAUAAACUUAUACCCGGCAGUGAGGACUGCUUGUUUUUAAAUGUCUACACCAAAUCUCUGAAAUCUAGCUCUAAGUUACCAGUAAUGGUAUUUGUCCAUGGAGGGGCUUUUAUCUCUGGUAGUGGAGAUUCAGAUUUUUAUGGUCCAGAAUUUUUAUUGCAACAUGAUGUUGUAGUAGUAACUAUCAAUUACAGACUUGAAGUUCUUGGUUUCUUAAAUCUAGAUACCCCUGAGGUACCUGGUAAUGCAGGUAUGAAAGAUCAAGUAGCUGCUCUAAAGUGGAUCAAAAAUAAUAUUGCUAAUUUUGGAGGUGAUCCAGACAAUGUUACAAUAUUCGGAGAGAGUGCCGGUGCUGCUGCUGUGACGUAUCAUUUAGUUUCACCUAUGUCAAAAGGAUUAUUUCACAAAGUAAUAGCGCAAAGUGGAACCUGCAUAGAUGAUUGGGCAAUUGAAAGAUAUUCUGUAGAAAGAGCAUUUAGGGCUGGUAAAGUAUUAGGACAAGAUUGUAAAUCUAAAGUCGAACUUCUUAAGUUACUCCGAAGUGUUCCUGCUAUAGAUCUUGCAGGGAUGACAUUCAAAACAAGAACAGCUGAUGAAGAACGUGCAGACUUUGCUAUGUUUUUCAACCCAGUAGUUGAGAAACGAUUCAAAGGUGUAGAGUCAUUCUUAAAUGAAGAAGGUCUUGAUAUUUUAUUAAAAGGGAAGUCAAAUGAAGUUCCUCUAAUGAUUGGUUAUAACUCCGUGGAGGGCCUUAUGUUGGUUUUGGGCGAUAGAAUAGCUGACAAAAAUAAUGAUACAAAAUUUUUGGUGCCUAGAGAAAUAAGAAGAAAAAUAUCUGAGACAAAAUCCAAAGACAUGGGUCAACGUAUUAAGAAAUUUUAUGUCGGAAAAGAAGAUUUUUCAAACGAUACAAUUAUGCCAUUUGUCAAUAUGGCGACAGACACAAAUUUUAUUUAUAAUACAAAUAGAUUAUCUGCUUUUCAUGCAGCUUCAAAAAAAUCUGUUUUUACAUAUAGAUUCAGCUACGACACUGAUCUAAAUAUUGCGAAGAUUUUCUCCAGUGUGCCGAGUAUGAAGGGUGCAACUCAUGCUGAUGACUUGUUUUAUUUCUUCUACAAUUCAGAAAAUGACGGCAUUUAUAAAAAUCAAAAGAAGAUAAAGGAGAUCAUUCAUAACUUGACGAAAAUGUGGACGAACUUCGCCAAGACAGGAAAUCCUACGCCAGACAAGAGUCUCGGAGUGACUUGGCAGUCAUACAACGCCGCGAAGCAAUAUAUGAUGCUUGAAGAACCUCCAACCAUGCGAGCCAACCCUGAUAACGAUAGACUGGAAUUUUGGAAUAAUUUGUACUGUGAAGCUAAAGUGCCAUGCAUUCAUUUGUAGUUCCUCAUUUAAGUACAUUCUUUUAAUUAAAAAAAUCCAUUAAAAUAUGACUGAUGAAUAUUUUUACUGAUCGAGCGAGUAAAGCAAGUGAGGUCCACUUAUUCGGGACGAAAAUGCUUGAAAAGCGAUAACAUUCGAAAGUUUGGUCUCAUUUUAAAUGUGUAAAAGAUCAAUAGAGUUUUUUAUAAUUCACAAUUCUGUAAAAAUUUAAAGUGUUCGCGGAGUCUAAAUUCGCGGGUGUUCCCCGCAAGUUUAAAUAAGUUUAAUAAAAAAUAACUUUAUACAUUUUCUUUUUUUUAUAGCAUCAUGUAAGAUCUAACUGUCAAGAAAUUACUGAAUAAUUAAUAAGAUGUUGCCAUGUUCUAUCUUAUGACUUUCUGUUUUGACUAGGGCUCACACAAUUAUCUAUCUUGUAUUUUUAUUAUUCAGAUACAAAAAUGUUUAAUGUGUCACACACAAACAUAAAAAAAUUAAGUGUAUAAAAUAAUAAAAUAGCA